AUGGUUGGAGGUGCCGUUAUUGGCAAGUAUUUACCACAUGAAGAACAACUAAAACUUAUAUCGGACUUGAUUCAGGAUGACAGCCUAGAAGAAGUGCUGGAGCUGAUUAAAACUUCGUCAUUGGAUAUAUCAACGGACAGAAAGAUUGAAACAUCAAUUUUUGAAAAAAUCACUAAGCAAGUUACUGUGUACGCUAGUAUGGACAAUGAAGCCAAAGAAAUGUUUUGUUCUUCGAGGGGUGAAAUGAAUAACACGCUAAGAACAUCUGCACAUUUGUUGUGUUGUUUACCGACUGUAUGGCAUAAAUUUCAGGUAUGGAUGAGCUACCGAUUAAAUGACAUCAUUAGCGAAAAUUAUAAACAUCUUUUCGAUGACAACUUUGGGAAGAUGACUGUGCAACCAUUUUUCGAUUUUUUUGCUAGGGAACAAAACGCUGAUGUCGAGCAUGAAAAAUUGCAUUUAAAUAUCCUUAGCCUGUUUGAUUACUUAGAAGUUGUAUAUUUAUUUGACGAAAGUAAUAAUAGCAUAUCGUCCAAAUGCCUAGAUUUUAUCAUAGUUCCAUUGCUAGGCUGUAAUUCUGAGGAGAUUGCUGAAUCCUGUUCUAAACUAAUGAGAUGGCAUAUUAGGCCUUUAUCAAAGUGUUGCAAUAUCGAUAGUAACUUUGAUAAGCUCGUUUGGAAUUUUAUCAAACAAUUGUACACUGAAGACUCUCAACAACAUUGGAAGCAAAAGAACAGUUUGUCUUUUCUCCUGAGGUUCCUCUUAACAUCAGAGUUAUCUCCUGAACUUAUUACUUACAUCAAGAAUGAUGCUUAUUGGGAACACAUUCAAGCAGAACUGGAUAACGAUGUACAUGAACACAGGAAAUUGGCCCUCUCAAUUCUCAAAUUAACAAUUCAAAAAUUGUCGACUCAUAGCAUAGAAUUGCAAACAACAUUUUAUAAAAGCAGUGAUAUCCCCAGUAUUGAAAUGAUUAGUAGCUGGAAGAAGUUCACCACCUUAUAUGAAAUGGUUGCGCUAGACACAUCUUUGAAUCAAAUACAAGCGGCCAAACAUGACAUUAUAAAAAUUUUUGAUAAUAUACAUUUGCAUCAUAGUUGGGGGCUUAUCCUUCUUUCUACAGGGUUGAAGUCAUCAAUGGAGAGUGUCAGAAAAUACAUGAUGACAUUAAUGUUCUCGAUUACAAAUAUGUCGGCAUUUUCUUCAAGCGUACCUUUAUUGACAAAAACUCUUCUUCCAGCUGCAAUGUCUGCUCAUUAUUUUGACGUCAAAGGUCGCAAUUGUCCCCAUGGUGAAAAACUUUCCUCCUUUGUUAAUAACUUGCUUUCCCAAACAACGGAUGACGUAUCAGAUACAUUAUCCGAAGUGUUGAAAUUAUUGGUUGAAAAAGGGACCUCCUUUGAUCCUUCUAGGAUAUAUUUAUCUUAUGGUGUUUUAGAAUUCUUACAGAAGGAAAAAAAGAAAUCAAUCAACUCUGAUCAUUUGAAUCUGAUCAGAAAAUUGUACGAAUUUGUAGCUGAAGAGGAAGUUCUCGAAACUACAAUCCAAACGAUUUACCUGAAGUUCUUACUACACAUUGGUCCAUCUGUUUCCGCGUCUGAAUUGUUAUUUACAUUAGUUUCACAUAUCAAGUUGAAGGGAGGGACAUACGACUAUAUUGAGCCUCUUUUUGAAGAUUAUAGGGAUCUUGCUGUUUCACAAUUUGACGAUUUGCAAGCGAAUGAAAAUUUAACAGCGAACAUUGGUAAGGAUACUAUUUUUGACCUCUUAGCAUCUAUCAUCUUCGAUUUCAAGGAUAUUGAUAUCACCCCCAAUUUUUUGGUUGAAGUCGCGAAAUCGAAACAAGAUACGCCCAACAACACUUCAAAGGCGGUUACUUUCUUAACUCAACUGCUUUCAGGUGAACCUUCGAGCGGGUAUACCUAUGAAAAUGCAACCGCUCUACUGUCUUACCCCAAUUUUACAUUAUCUACGUGGAAAUCCGUCAAUAUUGGUAAAUUAUUGAAGUCGGUAAUGGAAGACUUUUCCCUUGAUAAGUUCAAGUUCUUCGUUGGAAUAUACCAGAAGACUUAUGAAUGUAGAUUCGAUACAAUCGAGCUAAACUUUAAUGGGCUUCUGAGCCUAUACGAAAUGGUUAAAACAUCUGCAGGUCGAAGUUCAAGGGAGAGCUUUAAACUGAAGGACAGCGCGUAUUCUUCUUACUUUGAUCUCUUAACUACCUUCUUGAAAACAUACGCUUUAAUUCGUGACACCUCUGAUAGAGACAAUGAUGAGCUCCACAUGCUACUACAUUUGAUUGAUGACAAUAUCAAUAAAGAUAAUGGGAAUUAUCUGGGCAACUUGGCAGUUUGUAAAUUAUUGUGCUUCAUCAUAGAUACCUACAUUCAUUGCUCUACUUCUGUUUCCGAUGAUGAUAUCUUCAUCGUAAAGUUCAUUUUUGAGAAAUUCUCGUUCAUUUGGGAAUGUAUCAGUAGUGAAAGAUUGGUUUUGAAGGAAAGAGAUCUUCACUUGAUGCUAAUUAAGGGAUUAUUUCAUCCUGUUAUCCUAUACUUCGGAUCAAAACAAUAUAUCGACAAUUUGAGCUCGAAGUUGGAGGAACAUGCACAAACGAUUAUAUCAUUGAGUUAUUCAAGAAGAAGCCUACUCCCCCUCCUUGGAUCGCAACUUAGAAUAUUCAUGAAGUUUUAUGGUAAAUCAUUAAGCGAGGGUGUUGACUAUUGGUGGUUGAUUAACAUUAUAGUAAAUGUUUUCAAACAGCCGCAAAUGGAUGUCAACCUUUACAAGCUAAAACCUGUCAUUUCCAGCUUAUUUGACCACAAACUGAACAGUUAUUACAUGAAAGGCGAUGAACUUUACGAAAAAGUGUAUGGACCUGAGGAAAUAUUGGCUAGAGUGUCCAUCAUCGAUUGUAUUUUAUGUGCGAAUGAUCAGUUCAAGAUCCGAUUAAUCGAAAAAGUUACUGAAAAGACAAACGCACUUUAUGCUAUAAAGAGAACCGACGGUGCCGAAGCGUUACAGAGGUUGUUACAGUGGCAAUUAUUAUUAUUAUCACUGCAAACCACCAAAGAACCAAGAUUAAGCGAAACUAGCAUGAUAAGAAUUCUGAAAAGCAUUGAGGAUGAAAGUUCUCCGCUGGUAAGAGUAUACAAAGAAUGGUUCAUCUCUUCAAAGGUGGUCGAUUAUUACAAAACUGGUGAUUCGAAAUUUGCUGAAGACUAUCUCUUCUCAUUGCUGGAGGAUCAUAGUAAACCAGUGUUCGUAGUUAGCGCAGAGAAGAUAUGCUUUAUGGUGUUGAAGGACUUGAGAAAUGACGAAAAAAAAUAUGGAUUCAUCCAUCUAUUAAACAGGUUCAUUUGCACAUUGGUUCCCAACGCAGCUUCAAACAAGCCCCUAGUAAGACAUUUUUCUAAUUCUCUAAUAAUUUCAAUGUGGCCUACAUUCGAAGCCUACCUAUCGGAUCACACAUUAAGAAACAUUAUUGAAAAUUUGUAUUCCAAUGCCAAAAAGACUCAAAUAUUUGGUCAAUAUCGUGCCGGGGAUGCCAACAUAUGGGAUCUGAAAGGUGAUAGAAAACUAACGAACAUGUUUGGUGGUGUACUCAAAAAGGUCACCGACCAUGAUUGUCCGUAUAUUUCUGAGCCAGUUUUUGAAAAAUAUUUACAGGCAAAAGAUAUUGUGCCUAUCGGUACAGAUGAAAGGUCCUUAUGGCUUGAUAAAAGAGACGUCAAUACGGAAUCCGUCAACGACGUGAACGCCUCUUGUGAUACUUCUCCAUUGCAAACAAAAAGUGGCGCUUGGGAAACCGUCCUGGAUCUGGACAAUAAAAAAUCGAAUGAUGUCGUUAUACGUUCCGAUCUGAUUGUGGUUUCUUCAUUAGUAGAUAAGCCGCCAAACCUUGGGGGUAUUUGCAGGUUAUGUGAUGUUUUAGGUGUGGGACUGCUUACUGUACAAGACAUCAAAGUCAAAAACCACCCUCAGUUUAAAAAUGUUGCCGUAACCGCUGAUAGGUGGAUGCCCAUGGAGGAAGUUACCUUAGAUGAGAUUGCAAAUUUCAUGAAAGAGAAAAAAAAAGACGGGUAUACAUUAAUUGGGUUAGAGCAAACGGAUAAAUCAGUGAAGCUAGAUAACAAUUUUCAAUUUCCUAAAAAGUCAUUGAUCUUAUUAGGUACCGAGGCAUUCGGUAUCCCAGGAACUUUGUUGAGUGAACUGGAUUUAUGUUUAGAGAUUCAACAGUUUGGUGUGAUCAGAUCAAUGAAUAUUCAAACCGCAACCGCAGUUAUCGUCCAUUCCUACACAGUACAACAUAUGUAA